AAUCUGCGAUGAAACUUUGAUGGAGCAUUUCAAUAAUGUGUUCGUUAGCUCUAACCUGCUUUGUAAUUUCUUUUUGCGCGACAUCUGCCAGAAACCUCAUUACAUUGUACGAAUGGAGUCAGGUGGAAUACGAUUACCCCAGCGAAUCAGCGAGACAACGUGACAUCGACUCGGGAAAUUUCAAGGAAGGGAAUCCUGUGCCGUUUGAUGUAGACGUGUUUCAUAGAAAAAAUGACAAGGUCGUGUUUGUUACUACUCCAAAGUGGACUGACGGCGUACCUGCCGUUUUAGGUACAGUUACCAAGAAAAAGCGCAAGGGUAACCCAGUCAUAAGACCCUACCCGUCAUGGGAUUGGCAUAAGCAAGUUGAAAUUUGCAAAGACAAGAUAGUGUCUGUUUGGCGAGUUUUUGUCGACGAAUGUGAUAGAUUGUGGGUAGCGGACUCUGGAAAGGCUGAAAAUGAGCAGAUCUGCCAGCCCCAGAUAUUGAUUUUCGAUACAAAUACAGACAGACUUUUGCACAGGCACGAGAUACCAGAGAAAAUUCAUUAUAAUAUAUCGAUGUAUGGUACCAUAGUACCAGAGGUUAUUGACCACGCGAACCGAUGCGGAAAUACCUUCGCUUAUAUUGCCGAUACCGAUGCGAGUUCGUUGGUAGUGUACGACUUAAGAAGCGAUCGAUCCUGGAAGAUCGUCGAUCGAACUUUUUUACCCAUUGCCGAAUACACGACAUUAAAUAUCGCAGGGCAAACUUUUCCCUUAUCCGACGGUUUGAUUGGGUUAGCUCUGACACCUCAUGGAAUGGGAAAAAGAAAACUGUUUUACCACGCGCUGUCUAGCGACGCUGAGAAUUGGGUUUAUACUGACCAUCUUCACAACGAAACUCUGUUUACCGAACCUUUUGGGACGCCCAAUCUAUUCCACACUUUUCCGAAUGACAGAAAAACCCCAAGUGCAGCAGAAGCGAUUGACGGAAACGGUAACCUAUAUUUCGCGUUGCUAAGCGCUUCUGAACUCGUACGUUGGAACGUUAAACAAGAUGAGCAAAAUUAUAGGAGAAAGUAUUUUAAAACUGUGGAAAUCAGUAACAGGACGCUCCCGUUCAUCAGUGGGAUAAAGGUCGCCAAGAACGAAAAAGGAGACGAAAUGUUAUGGGUUGUUUCAAACUCGCUGCAAAAAGCAAUGACGAAUAAUCUAACUAUCAACGUGACGAAUUUUCGGAUACUGUAUGGAGAAAUAAGGAAAUUUAAAGAUUAUAAUUAUCGCACAAUGAAAAUGUCGAAUUUUCUCUCCACGGUGUACACAUUUACGUUGCUCGUCCCCAUCAUCAACAGUUUGAAAAAUCUGAAGGUGGAAUACGAGUGGUCACAGCUGGAGUUUGACUACGCCAAUGAGAGCGUACGCCAAAGAGACAUAGACUCCGGGAUUUUCAACGUCGGCAAGUGUCUACCGCUAGACGUUCAAGUUUAUUACAAAGGAAAAAGAAGAAUAACGUUUGUGACAGUGCCCAAGUUUGAAACGGAAGUACCGGCAACUCUAGGUAUUGUUACGCAUAAGCGCCGCAAAGGAAAUCCGAUCAUUAAACCGUACCCAUCGUGGGACUGGCACGUCAAUUCCGGAAGUUGCGAGAACAAACUCUAUUCCGUCUACAGAAUAUUCGCAGACGAUUGCGACAGGUUGUGGGUAAUAGACAGCGGUAGAAUCGGAGAUGAAAACAAAUGUCCUCCGGUGCUGUUCAUAUUCGAUUUGCUAACAGACACUCUCAUCAGGUCGUACAAGAUCCCAGAGAAGUACCAUAUGAACAUAUCGCUCUAUGUCACACCGGUGGUAGAGAUAAUAGACUCGAAUUGCGCAAAUAGCUUCGCUUACGUCUCGGACGUAGAGGGUAGCGCUUUGCUGGUUUACGAUUACAAGAGGGAUAACUCGUGGAGAGUCAGGAAUAAAACGUUUCUUCCCGAGAUUAAUUUUACAACGUUUCAUCACGGAGGGGAGACAUUUUCGAUAACCGACGGUCUAAUGGCACUUGCACUAAGCCCUCUUUCCAGUAAAAGGAAACUAUUUUAUCACUCACUAUCCGGCAGCACUGAACACUGGGUGUACACGGAGGAUUUAAGAAAUGAUUCACGAUUUGCCAAAUCUCAAGCAUCGCCAAAGCUGUUUCACAAUCUUCCAUACGGAAGAGGCGUUCAAAGUGGACCCGAAGCGAUAGACAAGAAUGGGAAUCUAUAUUUCGGGUUUAUGGGACCGACGGAGAUAGCAACCUGGAACAUAUACCGAAGACCAGAGACCCAUUCUAUGAAAAAUUUUAAAAUUAUUGAUAGCGAUAAAGAUGCCCUUCAGUUUCCCGGUGGACUCAAGGUGACUCCAAAUGAAAACGGAGAUGAAAUAUUAUGGGUUCUCACCAACUCGUACCAAAAACUAGCAACAAAUCACCUAAACACCAACCAGAUAAAUGUUAGAAUACUAUACGGAUUCAUUAAGGAAUUUUGAGUAAUAUUAAAUACAAUUUUUCCAAAGCUAUUAGUCCAUUGCUCAUUAACGUCAACUGUUUGUUUGCAUUAACGAAAUAAACUUUAAUAUUUAAGGAAAAUGACAUUUUUAUGUGCAUAGAUAGGUUUGAUAACAGUACAUAGUUGAUAUCAUGGUCAUAAAACAUAUAAUCGGAAAGGAACUAUCCCAUUACACAAAUUUGAUUUCAAAUGGAUUUGCCUCGCUUGCAAACUUAACCGAUUUGCUUAUUUACUAACGAAAGCACUCAACGUUCAAUAAUUUUUCUUUUCGUUAUCUGCAAUGUAGAAAAUUACUAGCACGGAAUUUUAAUUUGUUAAUGAAAACAGCGUACAAUUGAAAACAAGUAUCUUCUGGAAGAGGGACUUUAUGCCAGGAACAUUUUUGGAAAUUACGUGGACAGUAUAGAGAGAAUUAAAUCUCAACAAAGAUGAACAUUUCAUUUUUUGAAGACAUUUUUUAGAUUGUUUUUUCCUUAAUAUCGAAGGAAGGUUACUAGGUUCUUCAUUAUUCACAGUUGUAAUUUUAAAUAAAUGAAAAAAGAAAGUCGUUUCCAAAAAAAUUGUGAUGUUAAAUAAAAACAUUUUUUUCUUUUCUUCUUUCUUAAGGCUUUCAAAAAUUUCCUGUAAGCAUGAUAUUUUGAUUUUGUUUGAAAUUUGGACCUAGACAAUAGCGAUACUAAUAAAUUAAUAAUUGUUCCUAUAAAUCGUUAAAAUUUAAGUAAAAUUUCCGGCUAAAAUAUCAUCG